CAGUCACCAGGAAACAGCCUGUGCCAAUCAUACCCUACUUCCGUCCGAUGGGUUCCACCUUACUUCCGGGCUGUGAGUUCCACACACAGGAUGUGAGUUUCCAUAGAUUGUUGCAGCCUCAAAGUGUCUAUCGAGAUCAGACAAUCCAGCUGUGAGGAGUCUUUAUUACACGUCACAUGUUCUGUAUUCUCAUCCAUCACUAAGCAUGGACACGGCCAGGAGUCACAGGACUGAGAGGAUAAUAAAUAUCACCCUGGAGAUCAUCUACCUGCUGACUGGAGAGGGUUACACAGUAGUGAAGAAGACAUCCAGUGAGUGUGAGACACCCAGCAGCUCUCCCCGCGUGUCAGGAGGACUGAGCAGGACCCAGAGCCCCAUCACGGUGCCUCAACUUCACUCACUGAUUCAUGAGAGACACAAUGACCAGAAGAUCCUGGAACUCACCAACAAGAUCAUUCAGCUGCUGACUGGAGAGGAGGGGGAGUAUAUAGAGGAACACAGGGGUCUGUACAAGGACAUGAUGAUGGAGAAUCACCGGCCCCUCACAUCACAGGAUGGACCCAGUAACAGAGAUACCCCAGAGAGAUGUCCCCGUCCUCUGUAUUCCCAGGAUUGUACAGAGGAGAAUCACAGAAUCCCACAGGAGGAUAAGUUAGAACAUCUGUCUGAUAUUAAAACAGAAGAUACAGAGGGAGAAGAUGAGACGUAUAUGACUGAUAUAAAGGCAGAAGAUAUAGAGGGAGAAGAAGAGACGUAUGUGACUGAUAUGAAGACAAAAGAUACAGAUGGAGAAGAAGAGACGUAUGUGACUGAUAUGAAGGCAGAAGAUAUAGAGGGAGAAGAAGAUACGUAUGUGACUGAUAUGAAGGCAGAAGAUACAGAGGGAGAAGAAGAGACGUAUGUGACUGAUAUGAAGGCAGAAGAUAUAGAGGGGGAAGAAGUGACGUAUGUGACGGAUAUGAAGGCAGAAGAUAUAGAGGGAGAAGAAGAGAUGUAUGUGACUGAUAUGAAGGCAGAAGAUAUAGAGGGAGAAGAAGAGACGUAUGUGACUGAUAUGAAGGCAGAAGAUACAGAGGGAGAAGAAGAGACGUAUGUGACUGAUAUGAAGGCAGAAAAUAUAGAGGGAGAAGAAGAGACGUAUGUGACUGAUAUGAAGGCAGAAGAUAUAGAGGGAGAAGAAGAGACGUAUGUGACUGAUAUGAAGGCAGAAGAUACAGAGGGAGAAGAAGAGACGUAUGUGACUGAUAUGAAGGCAGAAGAUAUAGAGGGAGAAGAAGAGACGUAUGUGACCGAUAUGAAGGCAAAAGAUGCAGAGGGAGAAGAAGAGACGUAUGUGAGGGGUGAUCAGCAGUGUAAGGAGGAGGAAAUCCCUACAGAUAUCAGCACAGCAGAUGGACACACAAGCAGGAACAUCUCAGAAGGACAUCUAAUUUCAUCCCUGGAUUGUGACAUAAAAUAUAAUGACAGUAGACAGGAUUCUCCAGGAGAUGAUCCUAUUACCCCAAUUAUACAUCCAGCUCUAUCAUCUGAUCCAUCUGAUCCUGGGAAAUGUUCUCCUGAUCACUCUGAUAUUGGAGCAUCUGUUACAGCUCUGACAGUAGAUACAGUGUUUCCCUGUUCUAUAGAUGCCAAAUGUUUUACACAGAGCACAAACCUUAUUACCCAUCAACCAGCUAAGCGAGGUGAGAGGCCAUUUCAAUGUUCUGAGUGUGGGAAAAGUUUUACAUACAAAUCACAUCUUGUAAUACAUAAGAGAAUACAUACAGGUGAGAAACCAUAUUCCUGUUCUGAGUGUGGGAAAUGUUUUAUACAAAAAUCAACUCUUGUUACACAUCAGAGAAGUCACACAGGUGAGAAGCCAUUUUCUUGCUCUGAGUGUGGGAAAUGUUUUAUACAGAAAUCAGAUCUUGUUAAACAUCAGAGAAGUCACACAGGUGAGAAGCCAUUUUCUUGCUCUAAGUGUGGAAAAUGUUUUACACGAAAAUCAUUUCUUGUUACACAUCAGAGAAGUCACACAGGUGAGAAUCCAUUUUCUUGCUCUGAGUGUGGGAAAUGUUUUCCAUACAAAUCAGAUCUUGUUAAACAUCAGAGAAGUCACACAGGUGAGAAGCCAUUUCCAUGUUCUGAGUGUGGGAAAUGUUUUGCAUACAAAUCAGCUCUUGUUACACAUCAGAGAAUUCACACAGGUGAGUAUCCAUUUCCAUGUUCUGAGUGUGGGAAAUGUUUUGCAUUCAAAUCAGCUCUUGUUACACAUCAGAUAAUUCACACAGGUGAGAAUCCAUUUCCAUGUUCUGAGUGUGGGAAAUGUUUUGCAUACAAAUCAGCUCUUGUUAGACAUCAGAUAAUUCACACAGGUGAGAAUCCAUUUUCUUGCUCUGAGUGUGGGAAAUGUUUUACCCAGAAAUCACAACUUGUUACACAUCAGAGAAGUCACACAGGUGUGAGGCCAUUUCCAUGUUCUGAGAAAUAAGCUCUUGUCGCACACAAUAGAUAUCACUCAGGUAAAGAACCAUUCUUUUCUUCUGGAGUAUACUUAUCAUUGCCAUGUAAGGUUCUUCAAGGUUCUUAUCCUAUCUCCCAUGCUUCUUGCAAUACACGUGCUACCACUAAGUGAAACAGUCAGACGUCAUGUCCUCGUUUACCAUUGCUAUGCCAAUGACCUGUCUUUUGCUCCGGGUACUGAGUACCCAAUACCAAUCCUAAAUGUCUAGCUGAGCUCCAGGUGUGGGUGACGCUAGUUGGCUGUGACUCAGUCCUAGUGAAACAGGUCCUUAUGAUAGAAGCUCACGACAAAGGGCAGGGCUACAGCUUAGCUUUGCCUACCAACCAGACUUACACUUGGGGGUUCAGAGUUACAAAAUGCUUAUCCUGUGUGGAAUCUUGGUGUCCUGGAUGGUGGAGUGACACUUAGACAUCAGGUAUCAGCCACAAUCAGAUCCGCAUCUGAGGAACAUAGACAGACAGACAGUCAUACAUGUAUUUGUAUCAUCACACACAGAACACUGUAAUAUCCUCUACCUGGGUCUCCCAGCAGAAGAAUUGCACCACUUGUAGCUUGUACAGAAUGCAGCAGCCAGCCUGUUACCUAACCAGCCUAUUCCUGCCACAUAACACCCAUUCUCUGCUCCCUCAGCGGCUGCCUGUAAGAUGGUGACUCUGGGCCUAAUUCAGGUUGGUUCGUAGUGUGCGAUCCAACCAGAAUUAUUAAGAAAACGUUGCGGGCGCAUGCCCAGCACCCGUCCUGCGCAUGCGUCCUCAUUUUCUAUGGGGGGGGGCACAGAAAAUGAGAUUGCCUCUGCCUGUCAAUCAGGGAGAGGCGGUCGCCGGGGGUCGGACAACGCUCCAUUUCCAGGGAGUAGACGGGCAUUGUAGGACAAAUGGGGGCAUAAUCACGGCGCCUGCGUGACAUCAUGUAGCUGCCGCGAUCGAGAAGAACAUGACGUGCCUCCUGCGGUCGCAGCUAAGCUGAGCCAGCAGGAGGCUUCACUAAUUUCUAUGAUGAAGCAGAAAUUGUGAGGCGAUUGCAAUUUCUGCUUCAUCAAGGGGGGAGGUGGCAGUCAGCAUGCUAGGAAAAGGAUUGCAAACGCUGCUAAUUAGCACCCUAUUACAGAUUCUUACUGACUCUCCGAGCCUUACAUGACCAGGGUCCAUGGUACCAGAAGCAGCUUCUGACUCCUUACUGCCCUGGUUACAUCCAUCUGUUGAUGAAGGACUGUUAGCAGUACAAUAAAUGCCCAAGCAGUGCUUAGAUGUCAGGGGGAGACAGGGUGGGUGGCAGUAGUGCAGUAGCGGGGCUGCUGGAGGCAGUGUGUAAGUGGGUAAUAUUGUACCCAAUCAGCGCUGAGGUGGCAGACAGGACGAGUGGCAGUAGUGGGGCUGCUGGAGGCAGUGUGUAAGUGGGUAAUAUUGUCCCCAAUCAGUGCUGAGGUGGCAGACAGGACGAGUGACAGUAGUGGGGCUGCUGGAGGCAGUGUGUAAGUGGGUAAUAUUGUCCCCAAUCAGGGCUGAGGUGGCAGACAGGAUGAGUGGCAGUAGUGGGGGCUGCUGGAGGCAGUGUGUAAGUGGGUAAUAUUGUCCCCAAUCAGUGCUGAGGUGGCAGACAGGACGAGUGGCAGUAGUGGGUGCUGCUGGAGGCAGUGUGUAAGUGGGUAAUAUUGUCCCCAUUGAGCGCUGAGGUGGCAGACAGGACGAGUGGCAGUAGUGGGGGCUGCUGGAGGCAGUGUGUAAGUGGGUAAUAUUGUCCCCAAUCAGCGCUGAGGUGGCAGACAGGAUGAGUGGCAGUAGUGGGGGCUGCUGGAGGCAGUGUGUAAGUGGGUAAUAUUGUCCCCCAAUCAGCGCUGAGGUGGCAGACAGGACGAGUGGCAGUAGUGGGGGCUGCUGGAGGCAGUGUGUAAGUUGACAAUAUUGUCCCCAAUCAGUGCUGAGGUGGCAGACAGGGCGAGUGGCAGUAGUGGGGCCUGCUGGAGGUAGUGUGUAAGUGGGUAAUAUUGUCCCCAAUCAGUGCUGAGGUGGCAGACAGGACGAGUGGCAGUAGUGGGGCCUGCUGGAGGUAGUGUGUAAGUGGGUAAUAUUGUCCCCAAUCAGCGCUGAGGUGGCAGACAGGACGAGUGGCAGUAGUGGGGGCUGCUGGAGGCAGUGUGUAAGUUGACAAUAUUGUCCCCAAUCAGCGCUGAGGUGGCAGACAGGGCGAGUGGCAGUAGUGGGGCCUGCUGGAGGUAGUGUGUAAGUGGGUAAUAUUGUCCCCAAUCAGCGCUGAGGUGUCAGACAGGACGAGUGGCAGUAGUGGGGCCUGCUGGAGGUAGUGUGUAAGUGGGUAAUAUUGUCCCCAAUCAGCGCUGAGGUGGCAGACAGGACGAGUGGCAGUAGUGGGGCCUGCUGGAGGCAGUGUGUAAGUGGGUAAUAUUGUCCCCAAGCAGCGCUGAGGUGGCAGACAGGACGAGUGACAGUAGUGGGGGCUGCUGGAGGCAGUGUGUAAGUGGGUAAUAUUGUCCCCAAGCAGCGCUGAGGUGGCAGACAGGACGAGUGACAGUAGUGGGGGCUGCUGGAGGCAGUGUGUAAGUGGGUAAUAUUGUCCCCAAUCAGCUCUGAGGUGGCAGACAGGACGAGUGGCAGUAGUGGGGGCUGCUGGAGGCAGUGUGUAAGUGGGUAAUAUUGUCCCCAAUCAGCGCUGAGGUGGCAGACAGGACGAGUGGAAGUAGUGGGGGCUGCUGGAGGCAGUGUGUAAGUGGGUAAUGUCCCCAAUCAGCGCUGAGGUGGCAGACAGGACGAGUGGCAGUAGUGGGUGCUGCUGGAGGCAGUGUGUAAGUGGGUAAUGUCCCCAAGCAGCGCUGAGGUGGCAGACAGGACGAGUGACAGUAGUGGGGGCUGCUGGAGGCAGUUUGUAAGUGGGUAAUGUCCCCAAUCAGCGCUGAGGUGGCAGACAGGACGAGUGACAGUAGUGGGGGCUGCUGGAGGCAGUUUGUAAGUGGGUAAUGUCCCCAAUCAGCGCUGAGGUGGCAGACAGGACGAGUGACAGUAGUGGGGGCUGCUGGAGGCAGUGGGUAAUAUUGUCCCCAGUCAGUGCUGAGGUGGCAGACAGGACGAGUGGCAGUAGUGGGGGUUGCUGGAGGCAGUGUGUAAGUGGGUAAUAUUGUCCCCAAUCAGCGCUGAGGUGGCAGACAGGACGAGUGGCAGUAGUGGGGGCUGCUGGAGGUAGUGUGUAAGUGGGUAAUAUUGUCCCCAAUUAGCGCUGAGGUGGCAGACAGGACAAGUGGCAGUAGUGGGGCUGCUGGAGGCAGUGUGUAAGUGGGUAAUGUCCCCAAUCAGCGCUGAGGUGUCAGACAGGACGAGUGGCAGUAGUGGGGCUGCUGGAGGCAGUGUGUAAGUGGGUAAUAUUGUCCCCAAUCAGCGCUGAGGUGGCAGACAGGACGAGUGGCAGUAGUGGGGGGCUGCUGGAGGCAGUGGGUAAGUGGGUAAUAUUGUCCCCAAUCAGCUCUGAGGUGUCAGACAGGACGAGUGGCAGUAGUGGGGCUGCUGGAGGCAGUGUGUAAGUGGGUAAUAUUGUCCCCAAUCAGUGCUGAGGUGGCAGACAGGACGAGUGGCAGUAGUGGGGUGUAAGUGGGUAAUAUUGUCCCCAAUCAGUGCUGAGGUGGCAGACAGGACGAGUGGCAGUAGUGGGGGCUGCUGGAGGCAGUGUGUAAGUGGGUAAUAUUGUCCCCAGUCAGCUCUGAGGUGGCAGACAGGACGAGUGGCAGUAGUGGGGCCUGCUGGAGGUAGUGUGUAAGUGGGUAAUAUUGUCCACAAUCAGCGCUGAGGUGGCAGACAGGACGAGUGGCAGUAGUGGGGGCUGCUGGAGGUUGUGUGUAAGUGGGUAAUAUUGUCCCCAAGCAGCGCUGAGGUGUCAGACAGGACGAGUGGCAGUAGUGGGGGCUGCUGGAGGCAGUGUGUAAGUGGGUAAUGUCCCCAAGCAGUGCUGAGGUGCUAGAGGGGGAGACAGGGCGGAUGGCCGCAGUGCAGUACCAGGGGCUGCUGGAGGCAGUAAAGAGGUGUAUGGGUCCCGCACAGAACCAAUUGAUAAUUAGACUUAAUGAUGAUUAUGCUUCCUUAUUUCUAAUUAAUCCCUUGUAUGUGAUCAUUUAUUGUUAUUUGCUGUCAGCCUUUAUGUGUGUUCUGUAUAAUAAUCCUGAAAGUGGUGGUGCUACCGAUCUCAUAUCAUUUGUAGUAACUUGGAAAAGAUGAGAUAUGAGGUGCACUCUGGAAGCUUAUAGGGGGUUAAUCAGAGAUGAAUGCAGAUGUGACAUCAUGCAGACCCCGGAAAAUAGUCCCGGCCCGCCCGCGUUCACCCCUCAGGGAUGCGACCACAAUGUGUUUGCGUGGCUGCGGCGCAUGUGCAUUUUGCCACCACCAGCAAACUGCUGCAGGCCGCUGUUGCAGCUGAGUCUGAAUGACCCCCAUAGGCUUUUGGCUCUCCUGAUAUGUAUCUGUUUUACUUACCUGCAAUACUAAAACAUAACAAAUUGUUUCUGUGCUUUAAAGGCUAUUUUAUCCAUGUUGUGCAGAGUAAAGUAUUUUUUAAGUUUAAAAUGUAGAUGGACAAA